AUGCUGAUCCCAGACGCACUGACACCAAAAGACCCGCUGCGCGUAUUCGACUUGGUUCGAGCGGCAGGAGUCGAUGUGACUGACUGGAAGAACUUCGCGAAAGGCACCGCACACGAAGCAUCCAAUCCGAAGUAUUGCUACGAAUGGUCGUUCGUGCAGCCGGGGCGUGUUGUGGUGCUCAAGCUAUGGCAUGACAAGCUCUUGGCGGAUAACGGGCAUAUCGAGCAGCAUCUGAAUUUGGUCGCAGACGCCUUGCACGACGGGAAGGGGCCGCGGGCGAAGCGACGUGAACGGAUGCGGGACGCGAUCGAGAAUGCGAUAAAUCAGAAGCUGCCGAUCAGAGUGAUCGUCAUGAGCGCACGUCCCCUCCGGCAACUGAAGAACGGCAUUGCACGACGAACCGUAGCUCUUCAGAUCCUGGACCCAGUCCCGUGGGGUGUAGUCCGACGUCAGGCGAAUGGCUUGAUCGUUCUUCGUCGUGGCGAACCCGCAGCUCCGUAUGUCGAUCAAUUCGAUCUCGCGGAACUCGGAAGCGAAAAGCCGACGAGGAAGGAGCUGCCAGCGAGCUCCGCUUUUCUUCGCAACAGCAACGUCAGAAAGACCGUCCUCCGAAUGGCCAUGGGACUCUGCGAAUUGUGCAAGCAGCCCGGCUUUCAACUACCAAACGGCAGCGUCUAUUUGGAGACGCAUCACGUCAUCCCGCUGUCUGAAGGAGGAGCUGACAAAGUCAGCAAUGUGGUUGCGAUUUGCCCUAACGACCAUCGCGAAGCACACCAUGGCAAAGAGGCCGCCACUAAGCGUAAGCAGCUUCUGGAAAUAGUUCGCAAGAGAACGUCGCAGGGCGAGUGUGGUCCGGUCUAG